ACACCGAGCGCCUGCGUGGGGGCCACCGACGUGCCCGCGCUGGGGGCGCAGCCGGGGCCCUGGCCUCGCAGCCCGGCCGCGUAGACGGCUGGCAACGGCGUAAACAGACUCGGAUCGCUCCAGCCCGCGCUGAGUGCGGGGAAGACGACACCUCGGGGAGACGGGGAUGUGGUCCAGCUUCAACGAGUGGUUUUGGCAGGAGAAGUUAUGGUUACCGCCCAACAGCUCGUGGGUUGCCCUGGAGGACCGAGAUGGCCUGGUGUACCCCCACCCCCGGGACGUGUUGGCAGCCCUGCCCCUGGCACUGGCCCUGGUGGCCAUGCGCUUCACCUUCGAGAGCCCCAGAUGGCCUUCCUCGCUGCCCAGUGUGGCCUCACGCUGCAACAGACCCGGCGCUGGUUCCGGAGACGCCGGAACCAAGACCGGCCCUGCCUGAGCAAGAAGUUCUGUGAGGCCAGCUGGAGGUUUGUCUUCUACCUGUGCUCCUUCUUCGGUGGCCUCUCCGUCCUCUACCACGAGUCAUGGCUGUGGACACCGGUGAUGUGCUGGGACAAUUACCCAGAUCAGCCCCUGAAACCGGGCCUGUACUAUUGGUACCUCCUGGAGCUGAGUUUCUACAUCUCACUGCUGAUCACGCUGCACUUGGAUGUCAAGCGCAAGGAUUUCAAGGAGCAGGUGGCACACCACUUCGUGACCAUCACCCUGAUCGUCUUCUCCUACAGCGCAAACCUGCUGCGCAUCGGCUCUCUGGUGCUGCUGCUGCACGACGCCUCGGACUACCUCCUGGAGGCCUGUAAGAUAUUCAAUUACACGCGUUGGCGGAAAGCAUGCGAUACCCUCUUCAUCGUCUUCUCCUUGGUCUUCUUCUACACUCGCCUCGUGCUCUUCCCUACGCAGAUCCUCUACACCACAUACUACGAGUCCAUUGCCAGCUCGGGCCCCUUCUUCGGCUACUACUUCUUCAACGGCCUUCUCAUGAUGCUGCAGCUGCUGCACGUGUUCUGGUCCUGCCUCAUCCUCCGCAUGAUCUACAGCUUUACGAAGAAAGGCCAGAUGGAGAAGGACGUCCGCAGCGACGUGGAGGAGGCCGACUCGAGCGAUGGGGACGUGGCCCAGGAGUCCCUGCCGCUGAAGAACGGGGCGGCCCCCACCGACGGUCCUCGGAGCCGGGCGGCCGGGCGGCUGGCCAACGGGCACGCGCCAGCCACAUAGCCAGCCGAAGACCGGCCUCGCGGGCCUGCUCCCGGGGCCCUGUGGCUUGGAUUUGCGGGGCGGCAGGACCGGAGGCCCCGGGGCGGCUCUGGAGACAGGGAGGGACCUCCCGCAGGGGCAGGGGCAGGGCUGAUGAUCUGUCUCCAGCCCCCUCUCUCUGCCCACCCUUCCCUUCCCUUCCCUUCCCUUGGGCAACUGGACAGAGCUGGGGAGGGCGGGCGGUAGCCCGCCGGAGCCACCUCCAGGCUGAAAGGGGUCCAAUAAAACUUGAACGGAGCCAAGUUCUCUGA